AUGCAUCUCCCACUCACCGCACUAGACACCCUCCCCAUCAUCACAGCCUCGUUCCUCUCAGGUCGGUAAAACCCCAUCAACCUGCAGUGCAUUUCCCUCAUCUCCCACUAAGCUUCCCUCCUACUCUUCUAGGGGCAAUCGCAUCCGUCUCCCUCCUGACGAUCCCAGUCAUCCUCGAAACAUCCACCUCCGCCAACCAACUACUUCACCAAUGGACCCGCAUCUACCAACGGGGACACAUCCAAGGACCUAUCAUUUCCUCGGUCACUGGCCUUCUCUACGCCUACGCAGCAUGGCGUCGGCAUGAUGCCGGCCUGCAAUCGACUGCCGCUUGUCUUACUGUGGGCAUGAUACCGUAUACGUGGAUCUUCAUGGCCGGAACCAAUACGAGCUUAUUCGCAGCAGCCGAGAGAGGAGGAGCAGCGGAUCGAGUCGAGGCCGAGAGGUUGGUUGGUACGUGGAGGUUCUUGAAUUUCGUGAGGGCGCUGUUCCCGUUGAGUGGUGCUGUCGUUGGAGUUCUCAGUCUGUUCUCGUAA